AUGAGUAUGUAACAAACUCAAAAACCAGCAACAGUGUAUCAAGUACGCCAAUCAAGUGUUACACCACCUUAGAAAUAGCAUAGCAAUCCUAAUUACAUGAGUUGUUAGAAAAUGAGAAUGAGCAUAAUUGAUCAAUUAUCACCAAUAAAGGAUUUACCAGUUAAUCAAAGUUAGAGGAGUUCAUUCUAUUAGGUCAGAGGCAAAUCUGGAUCUACUGCUACUUUGAUGCCCAACAAAACCCAACCUAAUAGAUUAUUAGAUUCUACUAGUUUUAAUUCAACAUUAAAUUAUACUCAAGAAAGUCAUUUUGAUAAAAAGAGCACAACAAUACCUAAAGGAAUGAAAAUUAAUAAUUUUGAGAUUUUGAAAGAUCAACUUAGAUUCGCUAUUUGUCAGUUAGAAGAUCUCAAAAAAUCAUUUGAUAAAGUUGUUUAGAGUCAAUUUGAUCAAGUUAUAUAAGUUAUUAAAUCAUCUGCUUAACUAUCUAAUUAAUUAGUUGAAGAAAAUGUUCAGAUUCGAAAUCACCUCAAUACAUUACAAAGCAAUUCUGAAUAUGAUAAACUAAAAUUAAUAAUGGAAUAAUUACAACAAAAAAUUACGGUCCUAGUAAAUGACAAUUCUAAAUUAAAUCAUUAAAUAAAUUAUUAGCAAGAAGAAAACAAAAAACUAAUAUCGCUAAUAUCAGAAUCAGACAGAAAAUAUCAAGAUUUGUUAUUGUCAACGUAAAAUAGAUUACACAAAGAGAAUAUGAAUCCAAAUAUGAAUCAAAAUUUACAUAUCAAUACUCAUCCAAAUUCAUCUAAUACAAAAGGCAAUUAUACCCAGAGAGAAUUGAGCUACAAAUUAGAAUAAGCAGAAAUUAAGUUAUUAACACUUCAAAUUAGUAAUGAUAAUCUCAGAUAACAAUUACAGCAUACCUAAUUAGAUCAUUAAACAUUUGAAUAAUUAAAAGAAACUAUUACUUCUUUGGAGGUAAAAUCGCAAAGCUUUUUAAAUUAAAAGGAUUCUCUGUAAUAAGAGAACGACCUUCUGAAUUAAAAGAUAUCUAGUCUAGAGAAACAAUUAAAAGAUCAAUCUCAAAAGGCAGAAUACAUUGUAUACAUUAACUAAUUAGAAAAUGAUUUAAAGCAAAUUAGAUAAGAGCAAAUAAAUAAUCAUUAGACAAUUACUUCUCUAAAUAACACGAUAUCUUAAUUGAAGGAACAAAUAAGCAUCUUAAAUAUUCAAAAAGACCAAUCUGAAAAUAAUUAUGUUUAAUAGGUUUAAUCAUAAUAAAAUGAGUUAUAAUAGGCUACUUCAAGGUACCAAAUAUUAUGGUAGGAAAUAUCUGAAAUGAGAGAACGUUUAGAAUAAAGAUAAAUCUCGGAAGAUAGUCAUAAUAUGUUAUCAAAUGCAGAAAAGGCGUUAUUUGAAACUUAAAUUUAGAAUUUGAAUGAUAAAAUUAAAGACUAUGAAUAAAUUCUAUUACAUUAUGAGUCAAAGUCAAGAUAAUUAGAACAAUAGAUUAACUAGAAUUAAUUAGAAAUGGAUAAUUAUAGAAGACAAUUAGAAAAUAUGAAUAAUUUUAAUAAUAACUCUUUGGAAAUACAGGAGUUACAAUGGAAACUUAAUCAAUUAAAUUAAAUCAUAUAGAGAAAGGAUAAAGAAUAUUAAGUAAAAUUAGAUGAAUUGUAAUCUGUUAAAUAAGCAUUUGAUGGAUAAGUGAAGAAGAACCAGAAUUUAGAAAUGAGAAUCUUACAUUUUAUGGAGCAAGAAGUAAGGAACAAUUCCAAUUUGAUCAGAAAAUAGUGA